AUAUUAUAGCAGACGGAUCCGCUCACCGUCGUGAGAAUAAUCCUUCGGUGGACCUCUAACAUUCUCUUUAAGGCGUCGUUUUCGAGGCUGUUCGGACGAGACGCCGCUGUAAGCUCUUCUUCAGAUUACGACCGGCGGAGGCGGAGGCGGAGGAACACCCGGACCCGCGAUCUCGCUCGUGCCCGCAUGGCGGCUGUGGCGGAGAACCUGUUGAAGUCCGGCGAGGUCUCUGCCAUGAUACGCCAAGGCUUCAUCUCCUCCCCCGGUCUCUCCCCCACUUCAUCUCCUCCGCCGGCUUCCCUCAGCCCUGCUAGCCCUUCCCCUCCGCGCCCUUCCUUUCCGUCCCCCAAGACUUCCACGCUCUUCGAGAUGAUGUCACAGGAGGGCGUCCCCCACCGGACCUACCCCCCGCCGCGGCAGCCCUCCGGCGACCAGAAUCGGCUCCGUCUGCAGGAGAAGAUCGCGGCGAUCCUCGCCAGGGAGGGCCCCGGCGACAUGGAGCUCUCCGUCAGCUCCAGCGACGGGUUCCGUGUGACGGUGACGGCCCAUCGCCGGGUACUGGCGGCGCGGAGCCGAUUCUUCGCGGAGAAGCUGGCGGGGGUCGGCGGCCGGCCGGGGCGCCCGGUGGCGGUGGAGAUCUGCGAGUGCGACGACGCGGAGGCGUACGUGGAGGCGGUGGGGCUCAUGUACUCGGGCGAUCCCAGGCGGAGUCUGGCCGGCGAGGACGUGGACAAGGUUCUUGGAUUGCUCAAGGUUUCUGUGGAUAUACAAUUUGAUGAUGGAAUUUUGGCAUGCCUCGACUACUUGGAAGCCAUUCCUUGGUCUGAGGCUGAGGAGGAGAAGGUAGUAUCUACCCUUGGCAAGCUUCAGAUUCAGCAGGUCUGUGAACCAAUCAGAGGAAUCCUGCAAAGAGUCUCAGUGGAGCCAUCUACUUCUGCAAAUACUGACUCCAUAUACCUAGGGAUUCUUGAUGGUGUUCUACAAGCCAAAGAUAAGAAAGCUCGGCGAGACAUGAAAGCCUUAAUAGCUCGUUUGCUCAGAGAAGACCUAGAUCAAAACAAUAUGCACUACAACAAGCUUGAGAUCUCAAGGGAAACCCUCUACCACCUGUGCCAUAAAUGCCUUGAUUGUCUUUUGCAGCUCUUGUCCGAGGCUGCAAAUUUUGGUGAAGGUCACGGGGAUCGAGCCUCCUUGAUGGGUGAGGUUGCUCGAGAAGCUGACAAUGUGCAGUGGCUUGUUGAUAUUCUGAUAAACAAGAGGAUUGCUGAUGAAUUUGUGGCUCUGUGGGCUGAUCAGAGUGAGCUCUCUACCUGGCAUUCCAAGAUACCAUGCAUGUAUAGAUUUGAGAUCAGCAGGAUCACUGCUCAGUUGUGCAUUGCGAUUGGGAGAGGGCAGAUUCUGGUGACAAAGGACGCAAAAAUUUCUCUUCUAAGGACAUGGCUGGAAGCGCUUUACGAAGAUUUUAGUUGGAUGAAGAGAGCUUGCAGGAUGUUCGACAAGAAGUUGAUAGAGGAUGGGCUCUCUGCAACCAUCUUAACAUUACCCAUGGCAGAACAACAAGAAAUCUUAUUGAGAUGGUUUGAUUGUUUUCUGAGCAAAGGCGACAAUUGCCCCAACAUCCAGAAAGCCUUUGAGGUGUGGUGGAGGAGAGCCUUCUUUAGACAGUUCACAGGGGAUCAAGAUCACUUGCAGCCGCAGAUUGUUGUUUCUGACGAACAAACGUGAAGGUAAUCUUUCUAAAGUUUACUGUAUCAACUCAAUGAUUUGGAUAGUCAUUGGUGUAGACAUGUAGAUAAAGGUCUUAUUUCUCCAUUGUUCAUCUGCUUCUGUUAGAAGUAAAUAGGGUUCGCCCUUUUCGGACCCCACAUUGGUUUGGUUGGUGGGAGCAUCGCGCAUCGGUAUCACCCUACCUUAUGUUUUAAUUGCAGUCAUUCUUUUAGAUUCAUUUUGGGCUGUCACAUGGAUGAGAGAUGCAAGGGUUUUGAGCAUGAUUUUGUUCUGACAAUGGUACUUUGUUAUCACAUGAUAGUUCUCAUAGUUUGUGUUGGAAGGAAAAGCAUAGUGCAAUAUAAGGGCACUGUUUUGAUUUCUUGAGAUAGUGGAGAUAAAGGUUCCUAAGACCUACUUGCUCAAGAGAAUGACGUCACAUCCUUGUUCCAGAAGAAUAUGGAUUAGAGGAAAGGAAAAGAAGAGGAUAGCAAGUAAUAAUAUGCUUUGCUGGAAUCCAUAGGAUUAGACAUGGUUAUUAGCAUUGAUCUGAGGAAGAAAAGAACUGGUGAAUAUGAGAAACCUCUCUCUCAGAUAAUCAUCCAGCAGCCUGUUGUAUAAUUUGAAGAAGAUUAACGAGACUUGGUCAUUGGAUUAUCAAGGACAUCAUCUGCUGUAUUAUUCACUUCUAAUUGUUCUUUUUCUUGCUUUUUA